AAAAUUUUAAUUAUUGAACACAGUGUAGAUGGAUUUGUGUUUGGAUUUCAAAACAUAACAUUUCAUGUAAUGAAUUAGGACAAUGAUUCAGAUUCAUCCUGACACACAGAGCUAAAUCUCUGCACAAAAAGUUAUACAACCAAAACCAAGAAUGAAACUUGCGCAUAAAGACACACAUCACUGCUCACAAAAUAAAUCGAGAAUAGACCUACAGGACGUGGUGUGAAGGUGUGAAAAAAACAUCCCGUCUCAUGUGCUGGUGAAUCAGACAAGCAAAAAAAAAGAACUAAAGGUAUGUUUGCAGUACCAAUCACUUUUUUAGACAAAUGAAAAAUUUCAUAUCAGACUAACAGAAAACAAAUCAGCAAUACUUAAAAUAGAACAACAGACAAUUAUCUACAAAAACAAAAUGGACUUCAGUUUAAUUAUAGUUUGAUGUUGGAAAAAAUCUUAAAAUGCACUGCAUAUACUGUACAAAACCCCCAAUGAUCCGUUCAGAACACUAGACAAGUUGUCUUGUCUUUGUAGUUUUUUACUUGCAGUUUGCAAUAUGUAAGCAUCUAGGAUUUUGAUGAAUGAGCAGACUGAUUAAGAAGUUUAAUUUUUUAGUUUAAAAAAAUAAUCAGUAAUAAACAACAACUGUGUGCAAAUCGUACAAAUCUGGAUUACACAGAGUGAAACAUUUCAUUGAGAAAGUAAAAUGACAUUUAUAAAUAGAAUUGUGAAUGACUUGACUACUGAUUUUUAUCUUACAGUAUUUCCUCUAAACCCCGGUGCCCUAUCAUUGUCUCCUCCCCAGUGAACUUUACAACUAUAAUUGAGCUGCAGCUCUCAAUGUGUCAAUCAUUUGGCCAGCUGUCACCUUCUGAGAGAUUUCACAUUUAACAUAGACAAUGGUUUUUGACAGAAAAGUCACCAUUAUAGCAACUGAUCUUGACUUGUCUCCUGAUUACAACUCCAGCUACAACUACAGCUAUGAUUAUAACUAUUCUGGUGGUGAUGUGUGUGGUCCGGAGUCCAGCAUGCACUUUGAUUCCAUUUUUAUUCCAGUCCUUUACUCUCUGGCGCUGGUAGUGGGGCUGGUGGGAAAUGGUCUGGUGCUUGUAGUGCUGUGGAAGAAAAGGAUGAGCUGGAAUGUCACGGACAUCUUCAUUCUUCAUCUGAGUUUAGCUGAUGUUCUGCUGCUGCUGACGCUGCCACUGUGGGCGGUAGAGGCAGUGAAAGGAUGGAGCUUUGGCACGGGACUCUGCAAACUCACAGGAGCUCUGUUCAGGAUCAAUUUCUACUGUGGAAUUUUCAUGCUGGCCUGCAUCAGUUUUGACCGCUACCUGUCCAUCAUCCACGCAGUGCAGAUGUAUUCUCGUAAGAAGCCCAUGGUGAUACACUAUUGCUGUCUGACCGUCUGGCUGUUCUGCCUAUUGCUCUCAAUUCCUGACUGGAUGUUCCUCAAGGCCACCAUGGACUCUAGACGUCAGGAUAAAACAGAAUGUUCAAUACCUAAUCGUAAAUUGCGCCUGGCCUCUCAUGUGCUCUAUCAUGUGGUGGGCUUUGCUCUGCCCGCAGCAAUGCUUUUGUUCUGUUACACUCGCAUCCUGCUGCGGUUGAAGAGUGGCUCCCAGUGCGUUCAGAAGAAGCGGGCCAUGCAUGUCAUCGUAGCCCUGGUACUGGCCUUCUUUAUCAGUUGGACACCAUAUAACAUCACCCUCAUGAUUGACACCGUUCACAAUAUCAAUGACAAUAUCUAUAACCAAACAUCCUGUGCCGGCCGAACAGCAUUGGAUGUAGCACUCACAGCUACUUCCACCUUGGCCUACUUACACUGCUGUGUCAACCCAGUGCUUUACGCUUUCGUGGGGGUGAAAUUUCGGCAGCAGGUGCUGGACAUGCUGAGGCCACUAGGAAUUACAAUCAAGCGCCCAGCAGGGCUGAUGUCACGGAGGAGCUCGGCAUGGUCAGAGUCGGUGGACACCUCACAUACUUCUGCUUUCUGAAACUUUCAAAUCUGCCAUCAGAUUGGAAUAUUUACAUAGCUUCUUUUUCUGCAAAGUUUCACUGUUGUACUAGUCUUACGUCAGAGGUGUAAGAUUUUAAGAACAGAAACCUUAACUAAUGGCUUUGCUGUAUAGUUUAAAGACUGCAAUACUAUGCCGAAGAGUUUGUUUAAACUUUUCAUUGCACACAUGGCAGCUAAUAGUUUUAUUUUUUACAAAAAAAUACCACUCUUAAACAUAUGGUGUUAAUGACCUCACUUUUGUUAUGAUGUCAUUGAUGUUUUCUAUUUUACUGCAUGUGUCAUCUUUUUUACUGUAUGUGUUUAAAUUUGAUUAAUUUUGGUAUGACUAGGCCCUCGACUGUAUCUAUUUUUAGUUGCUUUAGCAUAAUUCUUUUAUACAUGUUGUCAAGUGAUUUCUUGUACAUAGCUACAACAAGAGAAGUUUGUCUUUUAUAUGGUACAACCACGAAUCCAAUAAAAGUU